AUGGCGGGCCCACGCAACAGCGCGCCGCUCCCAUCCUCAUUCGACGAGAAUGCCGACUUCUAUAAUGAAAACACCCUCGACAAGAUGUGGCGCCGCUUGCGCGAAGAACCCCUCAUCCCCCUCGGCUGCGGCCUCACAGUCUGGGCCAUUGUAGGCGCAACACGUUCAAUGCGCAAGGGCGACCACAAAAUGACGAAUAUGUAUUUCCGCCGCCGUUUAUACGCCCAAGGUUUCACCAUUGCGGUCCUCGUUGCGGGUAACCUAUAUUGGCAAAAGGAUCGUGUGAAGAGGAAGGACUAUGAGAAGCAGGUGGCCGAAAAAGAAAGAAUCGAAAAGAGGGAGAGGUGGCUGAGGGAGCUGGAGAUGCGUGAUGAGGAAGAGAAGGAGUGGAAGGACAGGUUGGCGAAGAGGACGAGGGGGGUGAAGGAGGAGGUCAAGGGUGUUACACAGCAAGUCGCGGAUAAGACAAAGGAGUUGAAGGACCAGGUGGUUGGAAAGUAA